AAUCAUCCUUAUCGCAAGCGUAGCUCUGCAGGAGUGAUCGGGAGUUGCUCGAAGUACACCACAGGGCGCGCAUACACAAGGCGCGCAUACACAGGGCGUGUAUUAGCGCCUCGUCUUCGUAGUUCGCUUGACGUCGCUCGCUCGAUCCGUACCUAGCCGGUACUAAUCGAGCAUGAUCGAUGCAGGGUUAUGGGUCUCAAACGCAUUUGCAGGGCGUGAGGAUGGAAGAGAGAUACAUAUGGUGCACAUGACUACGCCGAUACGGCAGGAAUGAUAAAGAGUUGUCUACUCCGAAAUCAUCCCUCGUACUAUAAACUUCUCAACCAAAUCAACAACAACUCGACAUUGUAACAUCCUUUGUAUCGCAACUGCCUCACAUAUCGCUACCGAUUGAUACGAUCUUGACGACCAUAGACUGCACACAAACGAGGAAAAUGGCACCGCCUUCGGCUAUCGAGGUCUCAGCAGUGUCGGACACUACUGGAGUCACUCUACCAAACCCUCUCACUGCUCCGGUCCAAAGCAACGACAUAUACGGACGCCGAAAGAAGACAGACAGAGCUCAAUGGGGCACCGCAGCUCCAGCCAACACAGCCAACUUCAGACUACGAUCACACGACCACAAACCCAAGGCCAAGUCAUGGCAACACUACUUCAGCCAUGAAGCCCAAAUACGAAAGGGCAACUCACUUAAGAAUGCAGCAAAGUAUCUUAGCACGCCAGGCAUAAUAUCUCUCGGCGGCGGACUACCUUCUAGCGAAUACUUCCCAUUCGAAGAACUGUCACUGAAGGUCCCUACAGUUGGGAAAUUCUCCGAAACUGAAACGAAAAAGUCGGGCGUCGUCGUGACAGCAGGCAAGCACGAUCUCGCAGAAAACAAGUCCACAUAUGACAUUUCUACCGCGUUCAAUUACGGUCAGGGUGCUGGAGCUGCACAGAUGCUGCGGUGGGUCACUGAGCAUACUGAGAUGGUACACGAUCCGCCAUACGAGGACUGGCGCUGUACAAUGAGCAUUGGAAGCACAUCUGGACUCGACAUGGCUUUGAGACUGCUAGCGAGACCUGGUGACAUGAUGCUGUCAGAAGAGUACACAUUCUCAGCAGCUGUGGAGACAGCACGUCCAAUGGGUGUUCGUGUGUGUGGUGUUCCUAUCGACGCCGAAGGUCUGCUCCCGGAAGCCAUGGACGACACUCUCUCGAACUGGGACGUCAACGCACGAGGCUCCCGCAAACCUCAUCUCCUCUACACAGUACCCACAGGCCAGAACCCCACAGGUGCCACACAAGGGACAGAACGUCGACGAGCACUGUACAAGGUGUGUCAAAAGCACGACAUCUACAUCGUCGAAGACGAACCAUACUACUUCCUCCAAAUGCAACCGUACACUGGCCCCAACGCUCCAGAUGUCCCACCACCCAAGUCCCACGCCGGCUUCCUGAAAUCCCUCGUACCCAGUCUCCUUUCCAUGGACACCGACGGCCGCGUGAUGCGUCUCGACUCCUUCUCCAAAGUCAUCGCCCCCGGCUCCCGCAUCGGCUGGUUAACCGCCUCCGCCGAAGUCAUCGACAAGUACCAGAAACACGCCGACGUAUCCACACAAAACCCCUCGGGCAUAUCCCAACUCGUACUCUUCAAGCUGCUCGACGAGCACUGGGGGCACGCCGGCUACCUCGACUGGCUAAUCUACAUUCGCAUGGAGUACACCAAGCGGCGCGACACAAUCCUCGCGUCCUGCGCCAAACACCUCCCCCGCGAGGUCAUGAGCUGGAACCCACCCAUGGCAGGCAUGUUCCAUUGGAUGCAGGUCGACUUCAGGAAGCAUCCGGACUACCCGGCCAAGAGCAUUGAGACGAUCGAGGAGGAGAUUUUCCUCAAGGUGAUCGAUCAUGGAACACUGGUUAUGCGGGGGAGCUGGUUCUACGCGGAUGUUGAGGAGAGCCAUGAUACGCUGUUCUUUAGGGCGACGUAUGCGGCGGCGCCGGCGGAGAAGAUUGAUGAAGGGAUAAGGAGGUUGGGGGAGGCUGUGAGGGAGGAGUUUGGGUUGGUGAAGGCGAAUGGGGGACUGGGUAGUAGCAGCUGAUAGCACGAAAGGCUCGUAGUGAAUACUCAAGGGUUGCACUAUCAGGAGGAGCGUUUUGCCUACGCGGUGGACCCUCUCCCUUGAGUGGAAACUGCCGGAUACAAGUCCAAAGUUUUGGGAGGUCUUCAGUGCCAAUCUGCAGGUCAUCUGCAACAUGAUAACGUCCCUUGAGAUUACAAAGGUUCCUGUGCGUUAGGUCUGCCGAAUAGGCGUCACGCUCCUCCAAAUAGCAACGCCCAUACUCAACUGUCGUAGGUUA